ACUGCCCAAUUAUACAAAUCGAAAAUCCUAAGUAAAUUUGAACAUCACCAAAGCCAAAUUCACCCAAUCUUCAUACAUACCCACUGCCCAAGCCAAAUUAGAGCAAUACCUUCACUUAUUGGGGUGGCGCGGCGGCUCCAAGCGUGCAAGGCGGCGCGACGGCGGCGUGGUGCAGGGCAGUGAGACGGCGAGGCGCAGGGCGGCGCGACGGCGAGCGGCGAGUGGGGUUUACACGUACCCAUGCUUCAUAGGCUAGAGAUAAACGGCGAGUUAAAUACCGAGAUUAAAGUUACAUCCUUCCUGCCGUAUACACAUCGACCGAUUGCUUGCUAGCUCAAAACGGAAAUUACCAAAUUCAGUUCCACCUGAAAUAAAAGAUUAGGAUGGAAGAGCGUUGCUCUGUUAAUAGCCCUCGACGGAUUCUGAGCUUCUCCAAGACCCGAGCGGCCAACGUGUCGUUCCCUGAUGCCGACCACCACUCCCCGGCGGAACUAGGCGUCUCCGGCAAGCAUGGUCCCAAACCCUCUGAGGUUUAUGGGUUCGUCGGAUCCAUCACCACUGUUGUUUUUACAGUCAUAUUCAUUGUAUGGGCGUAUGUUCCUGACCAUUGGUUGCAUUCUAUAGGGAUCUAUUACUACCCAAGCAGGUAUUGGGCGUUGGCUGUGCCAGCUUACGUGAUGGUGACAAUUUUACUGGCCAUCACAUUUUAUAUCGGCAUGAAUUUUAUGGCAACUCCUCCUCCUACCUCCUUAAAUAUAAUGUUUGAUGAAUUUAGUAGGGAAUCGCUGAGUGGCGUCCCUUCAACAGAGGACGAUGAGCAGCCAAUCGAGCCCAUAACUGACAUAGGCAUUAACAGAAUUAAUGAAAUCAUGUUCGACAACCUCAAAUGAAGGUGUUUGAUGCGAUCCGAUCAAUCUGCAAUCUACAUGUAUUAAAGUAAGAACUUUCUCAUUUUCGGAUUACUUAUUAAGUUUCUGAAACAAAAUUAAUCCUUGGAGAGCUAUGCAUUGCGCUACGUCCAGAUUCACAUGCUAUUUCUUGUUAGUUUAUACUUGAGUAUUUACACUUACCAUUUAUGAUUAUUUAUGAAUAUAUUUGACAAA